AUCUUAGGCGAGUUACCACUAGGCGGCCAGGCGCUGUAGCUGUAUGGUGUGUAGUAUUCCACUAUUCAGGUUUCACGUUCAGUUGACGCCGUUGACGGUUGCUAGUUUGUUACUUGUCUUAUAAUUGAAUAUCGAAGUCCGGAAGUGAUUGUUGUCACUUAGCGCUUAUCAGUCAUCGCGGGAGAUAACGCGUUGUAAUUCACCGUACCGUAAAAUAGAUAAGUACCUAUAUACCCGUCGUAGUCGUACCACAUAAUAUUCUAGAUCUUUCUAUGGGUGUUUGUCGUUUGAGUAUUACACGAUUUGUUUGACAUCACAAACAGUGGAAUCGAUCAACAAUAAUAAUCCAUUAUUAUUUAUUCCCACGAUUACCAAGACUUGCGCACAGACGCACUGUCGCGUUGAUCCCGUCGCCCAUCCAUUGCGCACUUGGCACUUGCGCGCCGUCGUUAUCUCAUUGCGCGAAGGCGAGCAGUUGUAUUACACCACUCGUCGUUUCGUCACUACGAAUCAUCGUCAAAAGUCGUUGUUUGCCCUAACACAUACAUUGUAAACACAGUUUGUUGUGCUGAAAUAUUACUCAUUUCAAACCGGACGACCAGUUACAUAACCGUGGUUUGUAGCUUGUACGGAUUCACGUCACCAGUGGAUUAAUUGAGCCAGUGUAUAAACAACAUUUGCAAUGAGUACGUGGCAACAGACACAGACUCCAUACGGAUCAGGAGCCGCCCCACCUCCACCAGGGUUUUAUCCACAAGGUGCCCCAUAUCCAAAAGCUGAUGGUGGCUAUCCUGCUGCCGGGGGAUACCCUACUGCUGGGGGAUACCCUACUGCUGGGGGUUAUCCUGCUGGUAGUGGAUAUCCUUCUGGGGGUGGAUACCCUCCUCCAUAUGCACAACAAAAUAUGCCUUAUUAUGGAGCAGGAGCACCAGAAAAUAACAGUUUUAACGCACCUGAAAACUUUGGCUUCAGUGAUAAAACUAUACGUAAAAACUUCAUAUGUAAAGUCUAUAGUAUUCUGAUGUGUCAGUUACUUGUCACAUUAUUUUUUGUAGCUAUGGCAACUUUUCAUACGGACACUAAAAAUUAUAUUAAAGCACAUCCAGGGCUCAGUAUCAUCGCAAUUAUCAUUACUUUUGGUACUUUAAUUGCGCUCGCUUGCUGUGAAAAUUUACGCCGCAAAAGUCCUACCAACUUUAUUCUAUUGUUUGUAUUCACCUUAGCUGAAUCAUUUUUAUUAGCAGUAUCUGUGUCACGUUACUAUCCAGAUCAAGUGAUGUUGGCUCUUGGCUUAACUACAUUGAUAUGUUUUGCUCUUACAAUAUUUGCUUUUCAGACUAAAAUAGAUUUUACAGUAAUGGGUGGUUUUUUAACAGUAGCUGUUAUAAUUUUACUGGUUGCAUCUAUUGUUGCUAUAUUUUUCCCUGGUAAAUUGAUGACACUCAUAAUUGCAUCUGCGGGGGCUAUCAUAUUUUCCUUAUAUCUUAUUUAUGACACCCAAAUGAUGGUUGGUGGUGAUCAUAAGUAUUCAAUCUCUCCAGAAGAAUAUAUAUUUGCAGCAUUAACCAUCUAUGUAGAUAUUAUAAACAUUUUUAUGUAUAUAUUAGCCAUUAUUGGAGCUUCAGGUGAUGAUUAAAAAUUGUAUGUCUAAAGAUUAUUUAUAAAAAUAAUAAAAUUGUUGAUUGUUUAUUUAAAAUUAAGUGAUGUAGAUUAUUAUUCCUUUUAGCUUUAAUUUUUCUGAUUAAAUAUAGUUAUUCUGUUUUGUGUUGAGUGAAUCAGUUUUAAUAAUAUUUACUCAUUUAUCCUCACUAAAUAUUUAU